AUGGAGAUACUGUCCUACCUUCCCUCGGUCGCGGAGGGCGCGAAUGUUCGGAUCCAUACCGACCCACUUCCACUCCCCGUUCUCGACGAAGACGCCGACAACCAUGAAGAUGACGGCCCUCAGAAUGAAGGCGAAGACGACGACAAUAUGAUGGAUUUCAAUGAAUAUGACUUACAGAGGGCUCGGCGUAGCGCCGAUUAUGGCACCUGCCUGGCCGAGCUCUAUUUCCGGAACGGAUGCGCUCGCUUCUGCAUGUCAGCGCGCUGGAACUACCUCGACGUUGUUCGCGUGUGCAAGCAUUGGAAGGAGACUGUAUACGCUUGUCCCCAGUUCUGGGCGAACAUCACCCCUCAUGACCGUGGAUCCGUCUCGCGCUCGCUCACGCUGUCCAGGAACCUGCCGCUCGACAUCAUUGUCGACGCAAGCAGUGGGACGAAGCGCUCGCUGAUGGCAUUCGACCUUAUACUGCGAGCGCUUCAUCGCAUUCGCGAUUUGGAGAUCCGAACUUAUAGCACCGACAGCCUCAGUCGCGCAACGUGGGCGAAGACUCUGGUAGACAGGCUCGCGGAAUCGCCCGCCCCUCGACUUGGCUCGCUACGGAUCAACUCGCGGUACACAAGCGCCAUGCAGUAUCCGAUGUUGACAACGGACUGGGUAGAGCAAGAGUUCCCCUCCUUGCGCGUUCUCCAGCUUUCCGCGAUAGAAAUGUACUCACCCUGUGCUCUACUAGCCCCAACCCUUACGGAGCUUCAGUUGGCCGACUGCAUACCACCAUGGGAGACUGCCUCCGCAUUCUUCGAAACGUUUUCACGUCUUCCUCAGCUCGAGAUUCUUGUUCUCGCUAGAUGCCCCAACCCCUCCGACUUUGACAAAGAGCGCCCUCCGGUGCCGAGUUCAACGUCCCUUCCCAUCCUCCUCAGAUACCUUACGUCAAUUGAGCUCGACGGCUCUUUCCGUUUCAUCAACCGAGUCCUAUCAGCGUUCGCCUUUCCCCUCGGUGCCACGAGCCUGAAGCUAUCUUACACGUACGACGAGCGCGGAGUGGAUCUCGGCCACGACUCCCCAGCGGAACUCACGAGAGUGUACGACAAGUUCGCCUCUUACGCGCGAGAAAUGCAACCUGGCAUGCAUUUCUCCCACGCCAGCUGCGACUUCGACCUGGACGACAAUUGGAUCGAGAUCACCCUGGAACGAGACGACCCGACCAAAGUCAUCGUAUCUCUCCGGCACACCUGGGACGAACAUCUCCAUCGGCACGUUGGCGACAUACUCGCGUUCGUGCGCCGAACGAGCGGCGCGCUCUUUUCUCGGACCGACGACACAGCCGUAGAGCUUGACAUCACCGGAGACUUCGAGCCGAUCACAGCGGCCUCGCCGACCUUUACGCUAGAGGCCUGUCUCGAGCUGUUGGCCGGUCUAAACGGUCUAUCGUGGCUGCGCCUCUCAAGCGAAGCCGCCUACGCUUUUAUCCCCUGGAUGAUCCACCGCCUGCAUACCACGGCCAACAUCCCUCCCGCCGAACAAGAUGGCGACACGCUCGACACGGCAGACACCAAUCCGGACGACGCGCUCUGGAUGGUCCACGCGCGUGACGACCUGCAAAGGAGAUCCGCAGCAAAGCGCCAGUCCAAGGUGGACCCUACGCUCCCGUUUCCAUCCCUUCGCACGCUCGCCCUCAGUGAAUGUAACCUCGGCGAAUCCAUCCACGAAGACGACUCGCGGCCGGAAGACAUCCUAUUCUCAUAUCUUUGGCUUUACCUACAUUCCCAGCAGCCACGGCUUAUACUCGACACCGUUGAGCUCACGCAGCGCAUGUUGGAAGAGCUGAGGAGGAAACUCGGCCCGGAGCAUCUGUUAGAGCGAGAUAUUGUGACUGAGGAGGAUGAUCCGCAUAUCAACGUUGUUCACUCGUCGUGGAGUGUGGGGGUAGAGGAGUUGGAAGUGUAUGUAGGAAGCCGGAUGAAAAUUGUGAGGACACCGCGAUGGAGUGUGCUUGGAGAUGAACAGGAGCAUAGUGACUCGGACGGUGGAGACGACGACUCUGAUUACUAG